AUGCGGUUUGACACUCUUGCCCUUUUGCCAUUGGCAGCUCAGGCUGUCAACAUCAUCUCAUCCAACGACGAUGGUUGGGCCGAGGUCAAUAUCCGCGCGCUGUUCGAGUCGCUAGGAGGAGCGGGACAUUCAGUUGUGGUUUCUGCUCCGGCUGAAAACCAGAGCGGCACCGGCAUGUCAUCUGAAUCUCUAGAUUAUGCUGUUUCUGACAAGUUCCAGGAUCCAAAAUGA